GGCGGGGCCUAGCGUUACGCCGAUGACAGGGAGGAACUUUUCCCCACUGAGCAUGCGCAAUGUGUCAGCUGUGAUGUGCGCGCAAGCGCGGUGACUGAUGCUGUAUCCUGCAAGACUGUGAACUGGGGAACGUGUAAUGUAACCGGAGGAACGCUCUGCAGUCUGAGGAUGGGGAGACGCCGGCAUCCCGACCUGUACUGUGCCCCCUUCCCCCUCUACACCGUGCGCUUCCACCGGGACACAUGCACAGUAGUCACCGGCGGAGGGGGCGGAGCCUCGAAGACUGGGAUCAAGAAUGCGCUGCACUUCCUGCGUCUGGAGCGGAUCUCAGAGCGGCUCAGCGCCUCUCUGCUCCAUGCCCAGGACACAGAGACCCGCGCCACCAUGAACCUGGCGCUGAGCGGGGACACGCUGGCCAUUGGACAGGACGCCUCCUGCCACAUACUCCGCUAUCAGCAACACCAAAAGGACGGGCGCCAGGACGAGACGGGGGGCACUGAUCGGGGAUCGAGGAAAAGGAAACCUUCUAAAAAUAACUCUGAGGCCACUGUGGGGGGCACCAAGAACGAGACCCCAGAGAUCUCCCUGCAGCCGGUGACUGUGGUGCAGACCGACUUUAGCCCUGAUAACCUCCAGAAAGCUUUGUGCUUCAAUGUGGACUCUACCAAGCUUCUGACGGGGGGAGCCGACGGGUGUGUGCGUGUGUGGGAGUUUCCGGCAAUGAAGAAACUUUUUGAUUAUAAAGCUCAUGAUGGAGAAAUAGAAGACGUGACCGUCAGCCCUGAUAACAAGGUGGUGACCGUCGGGCAGGACUUCCGCUGCUGUGUCUGGGAGGCCGAUCAGCUCCUCUCCGAGCUCAGCUGGAACGAGAAUCUUCCUAACAUCCCGGACAGGAUGUACAGAUACCGUGCCUGCAGGUUUGGGAAGGUGCCUGAUCAGAAGAAAAGUCUCCGCCUCUACACGGUGCAGAUCCCUCAUAAGAGAGAACGCCGCCCUCCGCCAUGUUACAUUACCAAGUGGGAUGGGCUUAGCUUCCUGCCGCUCCUCACCGAGCCGUGUGGUAAUGAGGUCAUCUCCUGCCUGGCGGUGAGUGAUUGUGGGACGUUCCUUGGUCUGGGCACGGUCACCGGUUCUGUCGCCAUCUACAUUUCUUUCUCUCUUCAGAAGCUGUAUUACGUGCAGGAAGCACACGGCAUUGUUGUCACCGAUUUGGCGUUCUUCCCGGACACAACACAAGGACGGGCUCUACGUGGUGACAAUGAAGCGGCUAUGCUGAGCGUGGCGGUGGACAGCCGCUGUAAACUUCACAUGGUGGCCAACAGACGAACCUACCCCGUGUGGCUGCUGCUCCUCCUGUGUGUGGCGCUGGUCAUCAUUGCUAUUGUCCUGCUCCAGUACACAUUUCCAGACUUCUUCUAGAGAUGUUAAUGGAGAUCUCGUGAUAGUCCACAACAUGUCCUGGAAAGUGGUUGUAUGGAGGGAUCGGGGGUCUGUGAGAUGUGGAGAUGUCUCGUGGGCGUUAUUUAUACGCACAUGACUUACCUCCUGAUGACGAGAGGCCGCGCUGUGAAGACCGAUCCUGUUCUCCUUGUCUUCACAUUCCAUGUCUUCUGCUCUUGGACAAUUUGUAGUAAUUAAACUGAUGAGAUGUGAUGGUCGGUGGUGAAGAGCCGACCUUUAUUAUCUAGUUGACUGUUUCGGCGAUGACGUUGCCUUCUGUAUGUUCAUGAGCUUUGGUUCUCAAUGUUUUGUCCAGGCAAAGGUCCACUGUCUCCUCUAGAGCUCCUAGAAGAUACGCGGGCCUUGUCCCAUUGCCGUCCCAACAACGUCUUCAUGAUGAAGAUGAAGAUGUGGCAAGAGCCUGAACCUGACAAAAUAAAGGGGAUUUUAUACUCUG